AUGGCGAUUACUUUACCCCAAUUUGGCGCAACUCGUCUACGAUCAUAUAUCCUCCGCUUGCCUUUAUUCACGAGAUGUAUAAUAGCAAUUAUAUUCAUAUUAUGGCUCGUCAGUCUGCAGCCAGCUUGGGACCUCCAGAAAUGGGGUGGCUUGUACCCGAAUGAGAUUGGGUUACAGUCAAUGUAUCGCACAAAUACCUUCCCAUUGAUACAUAUGGGGUUCCUACAUAUGAUAAUGAGCACCAUUGCUCUAACCCCAUUGUUGGAGAGAUUUGAGGCGGAAUAUGGGACAUUGACUACGUUGGCAUUAUUCAUGGGCCCUCUGUCGACGAUUCCUGCAUUAAUAUAUACAUUCGUGGAAAGGGGAAUCUUCCACAUGAACACAGGAGUGAUGGGUGCCAGCAUUUGGGUUUUUACUCUACUUGCAAUGGAAGCGAUCAAGACAUACAAAACAAACCCAAAUUUUGUAUUGGGAACAGUACACAUUCCAACAUGGACUACACCAAUUAUCCUUACACUAUUCAUAUCAUUCUUGGUACCACAUACUAGCUUCCUUGGGCAUCUUUGCGGGCUUGUGUUUGGUUACGGAUCAUCUACCAUCUUGCGACAUGCGCCGGUUCGAAAAUUACCACCAUAUCUAUCCUUUCUUUGCAUAGCCAUUGGUGUUGCAUGGCUGUUACUUCUGCCAUUAAACGAUUAUUCGAGGAAUACUUAUGUUUCGGAGAAUGCACUGUUGCCAGGCCAGGUCCAUACAUAUUUUGCGGGAAGUGAUCAGAACAUUUUUCGUGGAUACAAGAGGGAGGUUGAUGCUUUGGGGGAGAGCAGUAAUGUUGAAGUGAAUGAUAAGCUCGAGGAAUUCUUCAAGGCUACAGGACUCAAGGUUGCGAGACAAAAGUAUGAAUACAAAUCCGCGGGUGAAGUUUACAGAGGAGAGAAUGUGUAUGCGAUCUUACACGCACCACGAGGUGAUGCCACGGAAGCAAUUGUGUUGGUAGGGGCUUGGAGAAACAUUGACGGGGAGUUGAAUCGCAGUGGUGUUGCUUUGGUUCUCACUCUGGCGAGAUAUUUCAAUCGGUGGUCUUUGUGGUCCAAGGAUAUCAUAUUCCUGAUUACAGCAGAUAGUAAAGCUGGUCCUCAGGCUUGGGUUGAUGCCUAUCACGAUACACACGAGUCGCCCGCUAUCGAUUCAUUGCCCGUCAAAAGCGGAGCUCUUCAAGGAGCUGUUGUCAUCGACUAUCCUUUUGAUCACCGCUUUGAAUCGAUUCAUAUUGUCUACGAUGGAAUCAACGGACAACUUCCCAAUCUCGAUCUCUUCAAUACCGUAGUCUCAAUUGCUAGCGGUCAAAUGGGCAUUAGAGUCUCACUCCAGAAAAUGUGGCAGCACAGCGAUAGCUACCAAGAUCGACUCAAGACUAUGUUACGUGGUAUGAUAAAUCAAGGAUUAGGUCAUGCUUCUGGGCCUCAUAGUAGUUUCAUUCCAUAUCAUGUGGAUGCGAUCACACUUCAACCAUUUGGAAACGGCUGGCAAGACGAAAUGGCCAUGGGGAGAGUAAUCGAAAGUACUUUUCGAAGUUUGAAUAAUUUAUUGGAACAUCUCCAUCAAAGUUUCUUCUUCUAUUUACUUAUGCAAGCUAAUCGCUUCGUGAGUAUUGGUACAUAUCUUCCAAGUGCCAUGUUAGUGGCUACAAACUUCACUAUUAUGGCUAUCUUCCUAUGGGUGAAAAGUGGUUGGCCCAGUCCCACCAAGACAGAAUCUGUGUUGUCGACGGAAAAAGGAGAGAAGGAGAAAGCUCCAUUGGUGAUUGUAGAAGCCGGCGGUUCAAAAGCCCUUAUCCCACAAAAGGAUCUUCAAACGCGCGAACGCAAGCUUGCACUUCCUCUCGCUGUUGUAGCCGGAUGUCAGUUCUUGGGGCUUGUUCCCCUUUAUAUUUUCAACCAUACUUCUAAAGUCAAUCUCCCCGUAGUCUUUUUCAUCUUCCUAAUCCUCAACACCUUCCUUCCCCUAGCCCUUUCCAUCCUUCUUCAUUCCCCCUAUUGCACAACCCCUACCCCCCACCAACUAUCCCUCAUCCAAUCCUUCUCUCUCCUUCUCCUAGGCAUGUACCUCUCUUCCCUCGCUACCCUCAAUUUCUCCCUCUCAAUCCUCAUCGGUAUCCUAUCUUCCCCCUUGUCAUACAUUCGUCCACUGGGUCAUAGACCCAUUAUCGCUUCUAUACUUGUUAUUUUGUUAGGUGUUCUUGCGCCUUCAACUGUAUUGCUUGCUGGUGCGAAAUAUUGGGGUUUGGAUGUGGGAGAUGUUUUGGUUGAAGCGGCGUUCGGAUGGGAUGUUGGAGGUAUGACGACACAGGUUGUGGUUUGGUGUGUUUGGUGGCCCGCGUGGGUUGUGGGUGGGAUGUUGCUUUGGGGAAAGCCCAGAGCGGAGGAGGAAGAGAUGGAGAGUUUGGAUAAGGUUGCGAAUGGGGCAGAAGGGAAAGUGGAAGUGGAAGUAGCCAAUGGAGCGGAAAAGAAAUAA